AUGCCAGAGAGCGAUCCUUCUCGGCGCCCCGUCUGGGGCACUUCCAAGAGCUGGGCGUCCUCCGCCUCGCCAGCCGCCAGCUCCUCGUCCGCAUCGACUUCCUCACAAGGCCCGCCACUGGCCUCGUCGUCGUCGGCCGCGUUUCCUCCGCUCUCGUCUCCGCAAGCUCGGCGUGCAUCCAGCCGGCCGCAGCAAGCGUCGUACUCGUCGUCGUCGCUCAUCUCGCCGGCAUCGUUCAACCCGUACCCGACGCGGCGUCAGGAGCUUGCGCAACGGGCCGCCAGUCACGGCACGCGCAAGCGCUCGCACAUCACACGCAGCGACCCAUCGACCUCGCGCAUCCAUUCGCUCUCGGACUACGAUGACGAUGACGCGUCCAUGGACGAAGACGAUGCGGGCGAGGUGUCGGCGCGCGGCGCGACCAUGUCCUCGAUCGUGUUCCGCGACCUCUCGUCGGCGGGCAGCAGCCGGUCCGCAUCGCCCUGGCAGCAGAACGGCACGAGCGCAGGCCUCGCCAUGUUCGCGACGUCGUCGUUCGGCGGAGACCCGCUGCGUGUGCUCGCCAAUCUGGACGAAGAGCUCGGUGCUGCGCAUAUGGGACCACGCAUCUACAAGCGGCACAACCACAAACACGUGCGCAACCGCGUCAAGGCAAAGAUCGACGCGGCACAUGCAGGGAUACCGCUCCAGAACGCGGGAGGGAAGAACGCGGAUGCUAAGAUCGGCGGUAUGCCAGGCGAGACGUCGGCAAGCGUCGGAAGUACGGCGCCCGAUGUGCAGACGCAGCAGAUGCCCAAUCUGGACCUGCAGCAGCUGGUAGAGCAGUGCCGUCGCGCCAACACUCUUGCGGCUGUACAGAGUCGAGUUGCUAGCUUGCCGCCAGCUGCUGCUGGAGACGGUAACGGCGCGCCGGAGACGAGGUUGCUCGCAGCAGUCGAGGCACGUAUUGCAGACCCCACCACUUGGUCGUCACACCACCACUCGGCGCAGGGGAUCUUGACAGACGACUUGCUCCCGACUGGACUGCAGCAGCCCGGGCUCAGGCUGGACGUGCUUCCAUCGUCGCUUCAGGAUGAGGUGCGACAGGCGGUGCUGCGAGGGCUUGGGCAGCUAGUGGAUGGGCUGGUGCAUGCGGAGCGUAGCGAGCUGGUUGAGGUGCUGGCGCGGCUUCUGCUCCUGCAAGCUCUGCGUCCCACGGGCGCACGGGUGAUGCUCGAUGCACAGCUCACCACCGCGCUGCAGCAGAUCUUUCUGGGCGUGCUGGGCGUAUUCCACCGCGCCACCGAUUCCGCAGCGACAGCAGGGGGGCUUCUUGCCGACGUUCUUGCACGAUGCACGGCGCUCGCUGCAACGCACCCGGACGCGCAAGACGACGUGCUCGUUGGGCUCGUGGGCGAGCUGGUCGGGCUGUGUGGGCAGCAAAUGUCUUCGAACCCCGCCGUGCUCUCGCCCGACCAAGACGCGGCUCUUGUGUCGCUGGCGCGCUUUCUGUCGCUGUGCUUUGUGCACAACACCACGCGCGCCGCAGCACAUCGAUUGCCCGUCCACGCGUUCUACUGCACCGUGCUGGAUCUGGCGCCGUUUCUGGAGCACUUUGCGCACCAUGCGGCGUCGCGCGUGCGCCUCGCCACACCCACCGCGGGCAUGGCGCAGUUCAACGUAUGCCAGGCAGCGUUCCUUGUCUCGCUCGGCGCCAAGGUGCGCAUGAUGCAGCUCGAGAAUGAGGUGCGUCUUGCCCGCGUCAGUCCGCGCACGGGAGGGCAGAGGUUGGGUCUCGAGCACAGCAAGGGAGAGGCGCAGCUGGUGGUGAUGCCCGGUUCGCUGUCGCUCAAGAUCGAGCGCAAGGCAGCGUGGGCUCAGAGCCGCGAGUUGCUGACGCAGGUGCUCGAGGGCGAGGUCGACCAGGCGGCAGUGCGUGCGCUGCGUGUCGAGUUUGCGAGCGAGCACGCGGCGGAUGGCGGAGGCCCGGCGCGCGAGUGGUUCGCAACCGUCACUGCCGGCUGGAACCACAGCGAAACCAUUGCGCACCACGGAUGGUUCCUCCCCACCCCCAACGAUGCCGACGAUAGUGACGCUGAGACCACCGCGGCGUUUCUUGGGCUGCUGCUGGGAUUGGCCGCACUGCACAGUGCCAAGCUCACUUUGCCAUUCGCGCUGCCGGACGUCGCAUUUAACAUCGCAAUCGCCGCGGAUUUGGACUCGGUCUCGCUGCUGCCGAUGGAUCUGGAGUUUAUGGAUGCGCGGCUGGCGAGGUCGUUGCAGGCGGUGCUUGACUGGCAGCCACCCGCGGGUGUUGCGGAUGCAGAUGGCGCGUUCGAUGCGACAUUCUCGCUCACGUGGAGCACGACCAUCCGCACACACGAUGGCGGCAUCAAGACGAUCGACCUCGUCCCUGGGGGUCGGCACCGAGCGGUGCGCAUGAUCGAGAGGCACGAUUUCGUGUCGAAGCUCAUCUGGCGCGUGCUGGUCGGUUCGGCACGAGGGCGUGUGGGCGCGUUCCAUGCGGCGUGGCAGAGCAUCAUGCCGUCCGCGUGGCUGGGGAAGGAGUGUGGUGCCGAGUCGGCUAGCGAUGUCCUCGCACGCGGCGGGUUGGCAGUCUCGCUGUUUGCCCCCAGCGAGCUCAACCAGGCACUCGUGGCGCUCCCUGCAUCACCCAGUGCCUCUGUAUCGCGGCUAGAUGUGCAGGACCUGCGUGCCAGCACGGAAGUGAUCUCUCAAAGCACGGGCGCAAGGGUGGUCGAGUGGUUCUGGGAAGUGUGGGCCGCGUUGGAGGCGGAGGGACAGCGACGCAUGCUGGCGUUUAUCACGGGCGCGCAGGAUCUGCCUGCUACGGGUGCGCGCGGCGUGGGACUGCGCAUUCACAUUGUGCCCACCGAGCGAGCGGAUGCAAAGUCGUGGCCGUUGCCCUGGUCAUCCACGUGCACGGCAACGCUGUUCCUGCCCACGUAUCCGACCCGGCACCUGCUCGAGCAGAAGGUAGCGGUCGCCAUCGAACAUUUUCAGGGCUUCGGUCUGCGCUGA